AUGGAAGAUUCGUCGUCAUCAUCAGCUUCAACGGCAAGGUUAAAGAGCUCGUGCUCUUCGUCGUUCCGGCUGAGGUCCCCAAGCCUUAACUCUCUUCGUCUCCGCCGCAUAUUUGACAUGUUCGACAAAAAUGGGGAUGAGAUAAUAACAGUGCAUGACUUGAGUCAGGCAUUGACUCUGUUGGGCCUGGACGCUGACUUCUCGGAGCUAGAGUCCACGAUCCAGGCCCACAUCAAGUCGGGUAACGACGGCCUUGAAUUCGAGGACUUCGUCUCCCUCCACCAGUCACUAGACGAUGCCCUCUUCGGCGGCGGCGGGCAGCAACUGCAACAGCAGGACCAUGACCAGUCUGCCCACGAGAUAUCACAAGAGGAGUCUGAUCUCUCCGAGGCCUUCAAGGUGUUUGACGAAGACGGUGAUGGCUACAUCUCGGCCCACGAGCUGCAGGUGGUGUUGCGAAAGUUGGGCUUGCCGGAGGCAACCGAGAUUGACAGGGUGGAGCAAAUGAUUUUCUCUGUGGAUCGCAAUCAGGACGGUCAGGUCGACUUCUUUGAAUUUAAAGACAUGAUGCGUUCCGUACUCAUCUCUACCUCUUAA